AUGCAGAGGAAGAAGAAAGAGAAAACGAGCAAUGUCGAAUUAAGCGAACUUCCUCAAGCUAUUUCAAGUGAGAAAACCAAAGGAAAGAAAGUCGAAUUGAAGAAGAAGAUGCAGAAGAGUAAAAGGAAAGUGGAGGAGACUAGUAGCUCUCCAGCUGAUGGGAAAAUGCAAAAGAAGAGAAAAGCUAAAGGAGGCAACGUUGAUAUAAGCGAACUUUCUCAAAUUACCUCGGAAGAGAAAAUCAAAGGAAAUAAGAGUAAGUUGAAUAAGACGAAGAAUAAAAGGAAGGCCGAGGAAAUAAAUAGUGGCCCUGUUGAUCAUGAAGACGAUCAUUUGAAAAGCGAAGUUGAUGGCGAUAAGGGUUCCAGUGAAGAUGUGAAUGCUGACAUGGCUAGUAAUGAAACUGAAACAAGAAACCGUAAUCUCAAAGGCAAGUCUAAGAAGUCAAACAAGAAGAGAAAGACGAACCGGUCCUCUACAAAAGAGAAUGAAACGUCUUCAGAAAAGAUGAACGAAACUGAAGAGGAGAAAGAUGUUUAUCAAAUUUCUUCGGGCGAUGAGGAUUGCUCCAAAGGAAUGAAAAAGUGGGUUACUGAUUACUAUGAGAGUAGACCCGGUUUGGACGAGCUACAAAAGAGAAUCGAUGACUUCAUGACUGACCAUGAAGAACGCCUUGAACAGGAGAGAAAAGACCGAGAAGCUAAAGCUGCAGAAGGUGGAUGGACUGUGGUCGUGCAUCACAAAGGAAGGAAAAAGACAACAGAUCCUGAAUCUGGAAUAGCCGUUGGAUCUGUUAAUCAAACCGCUUUGGAGGAUCAGGUAGCUAAGAAGAAACAGAGUGAGCCUGUUGCUCAUGGUUUCUACCGUUUCCAAAGGCGAGAAGCACAACGCAAUGAAAUCUUGGCGCUUCAGAGUAAGUUCGAACAGGACAAGAAGAGGAUACAACAACUUAGAGCUGCUCGUAAGUUUAAGCCUUACUAA